AUGACGCUUCAAAAGAGAUAUCAACUAGCGCUGCAGACGAAUCCGCUUCGGACGAAGGCGGUGACGUCGGCGGGAGUGGCAAUGCUCGGAGAAGUCCUCGGUCACGUGCUCAAGCAUAAAACGCUCCGCGGUCUUUCGCCUCGGCAAAUGUUGGCGUUCUUUGCGUUCGGUGGUGCUGUAACGGGUCCAGUGCUACACUACUGGUAUGGCUACCUCGAAACCCAGCGUGUCACGAAGGAAAAGCUGACGCCUAACAAGAAGCUGCUGCUGGAUCGCCUCCUCUUCACGCCUCCCAUGGUCGCCUUCACGAUCUUUUCGUUGGGCGUUAUGCGCGGCUCAAGCCCCAAGGCCUCGCGUGAGAACCUCUCUCGAGUCUACUGGGGUGCGCUGCUGAUGAACUGGAAGGUGUGGACGCUGACGCAGUGGCUGUCGUUCCACUACGUCCCGCCGCUGCUUCGCGUGUUGUGGGGCAACUGCGUCGCGCUCUGGUGGAACUCGUACUUGUCGCUCACGCAGCAGUAA